UCGAGGUUCAUAACCUGGAAAUCGGAGCUGUCAGUCAAAGACGUCGCGAUAGAUUUUUUCCUCUUUGAAUGAAGUUUUAAAAUAAGUUAUUGUACAUAUUAGUUAUAAGUCCAGAUUUUUGAUAAGCUUUUAAGCUAAAAAAUGGCUGUGCAAGUGUCCAGAUUGGUAAUGAAAUCGUCACGUUCAAUUUGUGUACCAAGAUUUUUAGCGUUUCGAAACAUGAGUGUUGUGUCUGCGAAAACAUUGCUUUAUAAAGAAUACGGUGAACCUGCUAAGGUUCUGGAAUUUUCUACUGAUCAAGUUAUUAAACCUGAAGGAAAUCAGGUUUUAGUAAAGUGGCUCUUAUCACCUGUAAAUCCAGCUGAUAUAAAUACAAUUCAAGGUAAAUAUCCAAGUAAACCACCUUUGCCGGCAGUUCCGGGAAACGAAGGAGUUGGAGAAGUCAUUGAGGUGGGUUCAAGUGUUCAGAAUUUAAAAAUUGGCGAUAGAGUUGUUCCAAAUGUUAAUCAUCUCGGAACAUGGAGAACACAAGGGAGUUACAAUUCAGAAGAUCUUAUGAAGAUCCCGAAAGAAAUCGGAACCGUAGAAGCAAGUAUGCUAAACGUGAAUCCUUGCACUGCAUUCAGAAUGCUAAAAGACUUUGUUUCGCUCAAACCUGGAGAUACUGUUAUUCAAAACGGAGGAAAUUCCGCAGUGGGACAAUUGGUCAUCCAGCUUUGCAAAGUAUGGAAUCAUACAAACAUCAGCGUCGUCAGAGACAGGCCUCAAAUUUCAGAACUGAAGUCCCAACUUAAAAAACUGGGUGCGACAGAAGUCCUAACUGAAGAGGAACUUCGAAAGACGGAUUUGUUCAAAAGCAAAAAAUUGCCACAGCCCAAAUUGGCUCUAAACUGUGUAGGAGGACAAAAUGCUCUCGAAGUUUUGAGACAACUUGGAAGUGGUGGUGUUAUGGUUACUUAUGGAGGAAUGGCCAGAGAACCAGUCACUGUUCCCACUUCUGCUCUAAUUUUUAAGGAUUUAUCUGUGAGAGGUUUCUGGAUGACUGCAUGGAGCAAAAAGAACCAUAACGCAAAGGAAAGAACGGAAAUGUUUGAGGAAUUGGCCAAAUUGUUCCAAGAGAAAAAAUUGCACGCGCCACCUUAUAAGAUCGUUCCUUUCUCUGAGUACCAGGAAGUGAUAGUAAACGCUCUAAGAAUCGAUGGUAAACAGGGAGUUAAGUAUAUUUUGGACAUGGAAAAGAACUGAAGUCCUGAUACCAAGGGGAAAGAAGAUGACAGUUUUGCAUAAUUGUGCAUUUAUUAGAACAUACAAGUGUACAUAAGGAGUCGUAUUAAAGACGAUUUUUUUACACA